CGUCUACUCGUUGCCCGUCCUCCAUCAGCACUUGUGUGCUUUUCGCCGUGUCGGAUCUUACUGCCUCGCCUCAGGCACUAGUGGUGCUGACGAUCUGCCGAUGUCCUUCUCUACCUGUCUUGCCGCGUAGCGGUCCGUAAAUGGGUCGAUUCCUUGAAGCUUAUGUACGGCGCUGACCAUCCGACAAAUCAGUAGAUUGAUCGGUCGAUUGAUUGAUCGGUUCAUUGGUCGAUUGAUUGAUUGAUUGAUUGAUUGAUUGAUUUUUUGGUCGAUUGGUUGAUCGAUCUAGCGAUUGAUUGAUUGUUUGGGUCGGUCGCUGGCUUGGAGGAGAGAGAGAGGGGGGAGGGAGUAAGUAGGAGGGAGGAAGGAAAGAGAAGAUGCCGGCUCCAAUGAUGAUCUCACCAUCGCUGAAUUCUGGAAGCAAGGCGGAGAGUCUGUCGGACAAUUCACGGAAAGAUGAUGUGCGGCAAAUGAAUAUGAGGGCGGCGAAGGCGGUGGCCGACGCGGUGAGGACCAGCCUCGGGCCACGUGGCAUGGACAAGAUGCUCACUCUGGCCAACGGCGAGGUCAUCAUCACGAACGAUGGCGCCACCAUCUUAGACAAGAUGAACGUGGUAGAGCCAGCCGCUAAGAUGCUCGUGGAAUUGGCUAAGUCCCAGGAUGUGGUUGCAGGAGAUGGGACCACAACAGUUGUGAUCUUGGCCGGGGCUUUGCUCAAGCAGUGCUUGGACCUAUUAGCGAAAGGUAUUCAUCCGACGGCAAUCUCUGAAGCCCUACACAAAGCAGCAGAGAAAGCUGUUGAGAUCUUAACAGACAUGGCUGUCCCAGUUGAGCUAUCGGACAGGGACUCUCUAGUAAAAAGUGCUAGCACGGCAUUGAGCAGCAAGGUCGUCAGCCAGUAUUCCUCUCUGCUUGCGCCCAUGGCAGUCGAUUGUGUUCUUCAUGUCCUCGAUCCAGCGCGCCCAAACUUUGUGGACCUGAGGGAUAUCAAAGUGCUGAAGAAGCUUGGUGGAACGGUUGAUGAUACAGAAAUGGUGCAAGGUCUGGUCUUCGACCAGAAGGUGUCUCACUCGGCUGGAGGACCAGGACGGAUCGAGAAUGCAAAAAUUGGACUGAUUCAGUUUCAGAUAUCCCCGCCGAAGACAGAUAUUGAGCAGAGUGUUGUUGUUUCAGACUACUCUCAGAUGGAUCGCAUCUUGAGGGAGGAGAGGAACCACAUCUUGGGGAUGGUGAAAAAGAUAAAGGCUACGGGCUGCAACGUGUUGUUGAUUCAGAAGAGCAUUCUGCGAGACGCUGUGACCGACCUGUCGUUGCAUUACCUUGCCAAGGCUAAGAUUCUUGUCGUGAAGGAUGUGGAGAGGGAUGACAUAGAGUUUCUGAGCAAGACCCUGAACUGCCUUCCCAUUUCGAACAUAGAUCAUUUCCGUUCGGAGAAGCUAGGCCAUGCGAGUCUGGUCGAAGAAGUACCAGCUGGAACAGGAAAGGUUGUGAAGAUUACGGGCAUCAAGAAUAUGGGCAGGACGACGACGGUCAUCAUAAGGGGUUCCAAUCAACUGGUUAUCCCGUACACUUUAGCGGAAAAUGCCGGUCUCAAUCCGAUCCAAAUUGUCACCGAGCUGCGCAAUGCUCAUGCGAAUGGAGAGGUGAAUACGGGAAUUAAUGUGCGGAAAGGAAUUGUAACGAACAUCCUCGAGGAGAAUGUUGUUCAGCCGCUUCUUGUGAGUACCAGUGCAAUCAGUCUUGCUGCCGAGUGUGUGAGGAUGAUUCUCAAGAUCGACGACAUUGUGAUCACACGCUGACGUAGAGCACUGACAAUUUUGCAGUUGGUAGAGGGGGUACGGAUCAGUCGUGAUGUGGAUAGGAUUCUGGUAUCUAUGCUGCAUUAGGGUGAUACGCAGUAGAGCUCGUAGGGAUGUCUGUCGUUAUGCGAGAGCAACAGUGAAACCUGCACCUCUCCCCUCGUUCCUCUCCUUCCUCUCCUUCCUCCCUUCCUCUCUUUCUCUCUGAGCGUUAGUAACUGUAGUGUUUCCGUGAAUCUGUUAGAUGCGUUCGGUGAAAUGCAUGUCUGCCUGCCGGGCAGUUGAUUUUCAUUUCAAAAUUUGGGAAGUCGGGAAAAUUGAAAUUGCCCUCUG